AUGGUAGACUCAGCACCUGACAAGCAAGGAAUAUCCAUGUUUUGGUGGGCAAAGCACAAUCCACCCAAGGACCCCAAGACCUCUUUUGCAGGCAAGACUGUCCUCAUAACAGGUGCUAAUGUUGGACUUGGUCUGGAAGCAGCUGUCAAAUUUGCUGCCCUCGGCGCUUCAUCCCUCAUCUUUGGCGUGCGCUCUCUUCAGCGGGGCGAGGACGCCAAAAAGCUUAUCUGCCAACGAACUGGCUACCUCUCUUCGAAUAUCAAGCUCUUCCAACUCGACAUGAGCGCCUUCGCCUCCGUCAAGAAGUUCGCAGACACAAUCACGAAGGAAGUCCCACGAGUCGACGUUGCGAUCCUCAAUGCCGGCAUUGCAGCCCCCUCAUACCAAGUCAGUCCAGAUGGAUACGAGAUGUCGCUUCAAGUUAACGUCAUAUCGACAGCGUUGCUUGCCAUCUUACUGCUCCCCAAGCUCCGACAGACGACUGCUAAGACUGGGCAGCCUACACAUCUCGAGUUCGUAGGGAGCAACGGACAAGCUCAAGUCACUUCAGAGAUGCUCAAGCUCGGUCCAGAAGAUAAGGUCGUAGAGAAACUUAGCAGCAAGGAUUUCUUCAACUACAUGACUCAGUAUCAGGUUUCGAAGUUGCUGCUUCAAUAUGUUGUGGACAGCAUUGCUUCCAAGACCUUGAGUACAUUCGGGGAGUCGGAAGUUAUAGUCACGACAGUGUGUCCCGGUCUUUGUAGAACAAAUCUUGGUCGAGAGUUUGGAACAUUUCUGAAGGUGACAAAUGGCAUUUUUCAGCAGAUCUUUGCGAGAUCGUGUGAAGAAGGGAGUAGGACAUUGGUUAGUGGGGCGGCUCUGGGACCUGAAGCCCAUGGGAAAUUUUGGAGUCAUGAUGUUUUUUACAAAAAGGGAGAGCUCGUCACAAGUGAGGAAGGGAAAGUGCUUCAAAUCAGGACGUGGGAUGAGAUUCUGCAGAUUCUGAGAAAGUUUGCACCUGAAGUUGAUGGGAUUCUCAAUUCUAAAACUUGA